AUGGCACUUAGGCUACCAGCUUCUAAAGCAGCUGAAGUAGCGAUAGGAUCAAUUGGCUGCGGUUAUGAUUUAGCUAUUGAUAUACGGUUGAAGUAUUGCAAAGGAGGCUCUAAAAAUUCACGUUUGCUUGACAUCAAAGACGGUGAUGACAGUUGCGAGAUCGUUUUGCCUGGUGGUAUCUCAAUUCCUAAUGUUUCAAAGUCUAUCAAAUGCGAUAAAGGCGAGCGCAUGCGGUUUAGGUCUGAUGUUCUUCCUUUCCAACAGAUGGCAGAGCAGUUCAAUCAAGAACUAUCUUUGGCUGGUAAAAUACCGUCAGGUCUCUUCAACGCGAUGUUUGAGUUCUCGAGCUGUUGGCAGAAAGAUGCUGCGUAUACCAAAAACCUUGCCUUUGAUGGGAUAUUCAUCUCCUUGUACACGGUUGCUUUGGACAAAUCUCAAAUGUUACUCCGUGACCAUGUAAAGCAGGCUGUCCCAUCAACUUGGGACCCUGCUGCUUUGGCAAGGUUUAUAGAACUUUAUGGGACACAUAUAAUAGUUGGUGUUAAGAUGGGAGGGAAGGAUGUGGUUUAUGCGAAACAGCAACACUCGUCGAAACUUCCUCUUGAUGAUCUGCAGAAAAGGUUAAAAGAGGUGGCAGAUAAGAGGUUUGUGGAAGCUAGCGGAGCGCAGAAUAUGGCUUCAGAUAGAAUACAUCCAAGUAAUAAGGUGGAAACAAAGGAGCAACGCCUGAGAUUUGCAGAUACCACUUCGUUGGGGUCUUAUGCAAAUAAAGAGGACGUUGUCUUUAUGGGCAAAAGGCGAGGUGGAAAUGAUAAUAGAAAUCUAAUGCAUAAUGAAUGGCUGCAAACAGUUCAGAUGGAGCCUGAUGUUAUCUCAAUGUCCUUUAUUCCAAUCACAUCUUUGCUUAAUGGAGUUCCAGGAAGUGGAUUCUUGAGCCACGCCAUAAAUCUGUAUCUAAGAUAUAAGCCACCAAUUGAAGAGCUACAUCAGUUUUUAGAGUUUCAGCUACCAAGGCAAUGGGCUCCAGUGUUUAGUGAACUUCCUCUUGGUCCACAACGGAAGCAACAAAGUUGUGCGUCUCUGCAAUUCAAUUUCUUCGGACCUAAGCUUUAUGUGAAUACAACUCCGGUCGAUGUUGGUAAGAGGCCAGUCACUGGCUUACGUCUCUACCUAGAAGGUAGAAGAAGCAACCGUCUGGCAAUUCAUCUGCAACACCUUUCCUCUCUUCCCAAAAUAUUCCAGCUCGAAGAUGAUCCAAACAAAACUAUGCGACCAGAGUCCCACGAUCGUCGAUACUAUGAGAAAGUAAACUGGAAGAACUACUCUCACGUCUGCACAGCACCCGUGGAAUCAGAAGAUGAGCUCUCGGUAGUAACAGGCGCGCAGCUACAUGUAGAGAGCCACGGAUUCAAGAACGUGCUCUUCUUGCGCCUCUGUUUCUCCAAAGUCAUAGGAACCACACUCGUAAAGAACUCUGAAUGGGACGAAGCGGUUGGCUUCGCUCCAAAGUCAGGACUCAUCUCAACGCUGAUAAGCCAUCACUUCACCGCAGCGCAAAAGCCACCACCACGACCGGCGGAUGUUAACAUAAACUCUGCUAUCUACCCUGGUGGACCACCAGUGCCAGUGCAAGCUCCCAAGCUUCUGAAAUUUGUGGAUACGAGCGAGAUGACAAGAGGACCGCAAGAAUCACCGGGGUAUUGGGUUGUGUCCGGUGCAAGAUUGUUGGUGGAGAAAGGCAAAAUCUCACUGAAGGUGAAGUAUUCCUUAUUGACUGCCAUAGUUGAAGAUGAAGUGACAGAGGAACCCUAUGAAGGUUGA